AUGUGUCCAGGACACGCCGCCGCGCGAUUCCAUGGACACGCACAUCACGAGCCUCCACACUUCGCCUACCGUGGCGAUGGACUCCCGCCGAUCGCGUGUGAGCAGAUACAGCAGAUGGUACACAUGAACGAGAGGAUGGCGCAGGGAAAGCUCGCAUCCAUGCGACCCUCAUCCACCCCGCUGCGAGAGGCGGAGUGCAACGUCGAGGGACACCGCAUUGAGCUCUAUGAGGACCUGAAGGAGCUUCACGACACCAUUAUGGCCGCAAACUGGCACGAUUCUAUCCUCCUGACCAUGAACGGUGACCUCUGGGAUGGCACACUCGCAAGGCUCAAGCGCAUGGCGGAGGACGUUUCGGACAUGCAGGUCCAGGUGAUGUUGAGCAAGACGCUGGAGAUAUUCGAUGCGCUCUACAAGGUGGAGGACGUCCAGGACCACAUCUUCGAGCUCAUCGAAGAGCUGCCGCAUUUCGGAGGCAAGCCUGCAACCGAAAGCCCUCUGGCCGCGGGAAACAUCGACAAGCACAUCAAUCACGUGCUGGAGCGCUACGCGCAGCUCAAACAGGAGCACCCCAGGUACACGGCGAAGAUACAGGAUUCAGUGGGCUACUCUCUGGCCAUACUGAGGCAGAGGUACACGUUCAGCUGGCCUGAGGAGCACAAGUACUUCUAUUGA